ACCAAUCAUCAACAACCCUCCUUCCUUUUAACUUUUCCGAAGAAAGCCUCUCUGACACAAAAUCUUUAUAAAUAAUAAUAACAUAUAACAAAUAAUAUAAAAUGGCUACUAGAACACAAUUCCAAAGCUCCAGUGAUAUUGGUGUCUUUUCCGUAUUAACUAAUGGUUAUGCACUUGUUGCUCAAGGUACUAGUGCUAACUUUUAUUCUUCCUUUGAAACUGAACUUAUUGAUCAUAUUCCAGUCAAUUAUGCAACAAUUGCAGGCUGUAGAAUUAUUGGUACAUUGUGUGCUGGUAAUAAGAAGGGUCUUGUUGUUCCAUCAACAACAACUGAUCAAGAAUUGAUGCACUUGAGAAAUUGUUUACCUGAAUCUGUUAAACUUACACGUGUUGAAGAUAGAUUAUCUGCUCUUGGUAAUUGUAUUGCUUGUAAUGAUUAUGUUGCUCUUAUACACAAAGAUAUGGAUAAGAAUACAGAAGAAAUUAUACAAGAUACAUUGGGAGUUGAAACAUUCCGUACUACAAUUAAUGGUAAUCCACUUGUUGGAAGUUAUUGCGUUUUUAGUAAUCAAGGUGGUAUUGUCCAUCCAAAGACUUCUGUUAAAGAACAAGACAAAUUAUCUCAACUUCUUCAAGUUCCAAUCGUUGCAGGUACUAUAAAUAGAGGUUCAGAAUCGAUAGGAGCUGGUUUAGUCGUUAACGAUUGGGCUGCUUUCUGUGGUCUUAAUACAACAAGUACUGAAAUUUCUGUUGUUGAAUCCAUUUUCAACUUGAGAGAUUCUAAACCAGAAGGUGUUGUGACUGAUUUGAAGGAUUCUUUAAUUGAUUCUCUUUAAAUUUUUAUUAAAUUUUUUAAUUCAAAUG